AUGGCGCGGCCGGCGAAGCUGAGACCGGAGUGGCAGAGCCUAGAGCGCAUGGCGUGUGGGGCCCUUAGCCCGGAGAUGCGGAUGGAGCGGCCGUCAAUGAAAGCGGUGGAGGUGGAUUGGGGUGGCCCCGAAUUGUGUACGGCAGAGUGGCAGCUGGCGACCCGUGACGCCUACCUCUGCUUUGACAAGAAGCGCAGCGGCGGCGGUGGAGGGAGUGGUGGUAGUGGCGGCGGCUGCGGCGGCGGCGGCGGGGGCGGGCAGCAGCAGAAGCCGGCGGAUCAGGAGGGCGACGAGCAGGCGCCCGCCGCGCCCAACUCCGGCGACGCGUCCCCGGCGGAGGGCAACAAGGACAAGGAGCACGACAAGGGGAAGGACAGUGACAAGGAGAAGGACCAGCAGGAGAAGGGGGCGAAGGGGAAGGACAAGGACGGGGGGAAGAAGCCGCCGCCCAUGGUGACCGCGGUGCUCAAGGUGGACAUGCACUGCGACGGCUGCGCCAAGCGCAUCCACGGCUCCGUCCACCGCUACCCAGGCGUGGAGGGCGUGGCGAUGGAGGUGGAGAAGGGCUCCAUGACGGUGGUGGGGCGCUUCGACGCCAAGAAGCUGCGGGACCGCGUCGCCGACAAGACCCGGAAGAACGUCGACCUCGUCGUCGCCGGCGGCAGCAGCAACAACAAGGGAGGAGGUGCCGCCGGCGGCGGGAACGGCAAGCAGGGAGGAGAAAGAGGCGGCAGCAACCAGCACAAGGGCGCCACCGAAGUGGACGGCAAGCAGGCGGACAAAGGCGGCGAGCACGAAGGCAAGGAGAAAGACAAGUCCGAUCGCCAGGAGGAGGGGAAGGGGAAGGAUGACAAGCAGGGCGGUGGCGGCGGCGGUGGAGGAGGGAAGGGGAAGGGCGGCGGCAAAGACAACAAGAAACCCGUCGUGCCGGUGGUUGCGACGGUGGUGCUCAAGAUCGGCUCCACGGGGCUCCACUGCGAUGGCUGCAUGAACCGCAUCCGCAGCAAACUCUUCAAGAUCAAAGGGGUGGAGCAGGUGCGCAUGGACAUGGCCAAGAAUCAGGUGACGGUGACGGGGACCAUGGACGCCAAGGCGCUGCCGGAGAAGCUGCGCAAGAAGCUGCGGCGCCCCGUGAACGUGGUGGCGCCGGGCAAGGACAAGGACGGCAAGGAGAAGGACGGGAAGGAGGGCGGCGGCAAGGACGGGAAGGACGACGGCGGCAAGGACGGCAAGGACGCGGCGACCAAGGCCCUGAAGGCGGAGCUGGAGGCGUGGAAGGCCGCCUUCUACGACCAGCAGUCGCUGAUCAACGCCGAGUUCAUGCUCAGCGACGAGAACCCCAACGCCUGCGCCGUCAUGUGA